AUGAAUAAGUCGGUUUUGGAUUGUGGUUUGGGCACUCGGUCUCUAAAAGGAUCCCACGAAAGGCUGUGCCACUUCAUUGCCCGGCAAAGUGACACUGUGAUCGCAUGCAUCGGAUACCCCUUGGCGCCAGAGCACCCCUAUCCAGCUCAACAACUCAGCUGCUACACUGCCGUAUCACAUUUUCUGAAGAAUGCGCAGGACUACGGGGUGGACCCGAAACGGAUCGUGCUGGCUGGCGACAGCAGCGGAGGCACACUUGUUGCCAGCACUGCUCAGCAACUUCUGAUGACAAAGGACCUGCCACAGCCCCAGGCCCACAUACUAAUCAAUCCUUACCUACAAUGCCUGGAUGUAAAUUUACCUUCUUACCAGCAAAACCAGUCCAUUCCCCCCUUAGUCAAGAAAGAGGCUGUUCGUCUUGGCACAAUGUAUCUCUCAGGAACCAGUGCUGGGGUCAAUGAAAUUAUGGCCAAUGCCCAUGUCCCGCAGGAACUCAUGGCAAAGUAUCAGAAAUGGAUCAGUGCAGAACAUAUUCCGGAGGAAUUUAAAGGCCGGGGUUACGUGCCGUUUGUACCUGGUCCAUUUUCAGAAGAUCUUUUCCAAAAAUACAAAACAGUUUUCGACCCCAUAUUUUCCCCACUCCUGGCAGAAGACGCCGUCAUCCAGCAGUUUCCAGAGACUUUCCUUUUAACCUGCGAAUAUGACAUUUUCCGAGAUGAUGGCUUGCUCUAUAAGAAGAGGCUGGAAGACAAUGGUGUCCCUGUCACCUGGCUUCACCUCAAGGACGGAUUCCAUGGCAUCACCUUGCUGAUAGAUAUGGGGUCAAUCCAGUUUCCAAGUACGAGGAAGAGUAUGAAUAGUGUAAUCCAAUUCCUAGAACGAUUCUAGAAAUCAAACAACCUCGUUCCUCUUCCUUGUUCAUCUAGCCCUUACCUUACAGAUCUGGAUCUGAAGAGGUUAUACCCUAUAAUUUCAUUCAUCUGUCCUGCUUAACUGACCUGAAGAUGGUCCACCAACCCUUUGAAGAGACACAUCCUUGCCCUCUCCAGCUCGUUCAUAGCCCACCACUCAGGUAGCCUGGUGUCAGGCUGUGCAGGAAACUGUGGUUUUCCCUCUUACUCAAAAAACAGAAUUUCCCAUAUGACAAUCUAAGUGGCACAGAGGAACAGUUGGGUGAGUGGCCAGACGUCUAACUUUUGCGCUCUCCUUCUCCCUAUAGUCAGGACAGUGGUUCUUUGGAAUAUCAAACUGUUGUGGAAAAAACCACGAUACUUACAUCAGAAGACAAGACCACGAAGGGUUGGAGAAAACAGGCUUUAUUUGUGCACAAUGGUUCAGAGCAUUCACAUGACAAAUUCUGAACCCUGAGCUAUUCUCAGGGAGUAGUUCUUAUAGCAUUAACCACCCACGCCUUAGCCUUAGGGUGGCUCUUAUCUACCUUUGACACACUAAAACAGAGAAGUUUAUAUCUUGAAGCUACAUAAGUAAAAGGAGAAGUUCACACAAACGGUUGUCUUACCACACCUUUCUGCACGGGUGCUA